AUGAGUCUCACAGCCACAGGACGGCCAGUGGAUGCAGCACGGCACAUUUCUCUGCUGAACACACCAGCCGAACAAGUGGAGCUGCUGGCGCGUGCUUGUCAUGCGGCGCAUUUUGGCCUGAACAAACGGGACGGUUAUGAAGCAGCAUUUCACACGGCUGAGAAACUGACACUGGACGUCGACCAUUUCGCUGCCAAAUUUGAUGUGCAGCGCUGCGGUAUUUUAGCACGGGUGAAGAACGACCUUCUCGGUCGCCACAACAUCACCAAGUCGGUGGAGUGUGAGCUCUACAAAUUGAAUGUCUUUCGCGAAGGUGACAGCUGGAGAACAUACAAUGGCACGCCGGGCAGCGCAAAGAUGUUUGGAUCGCUGGUGAUCGUGUUCCCUAUUCCGCACACGGGCGGCAAGUUCAUUCUGCGCCACGGCGGGAAAGAGUGGUCGUUCGAAACCGGGAAGGAGCUGGCCGCCACUGCACGUCCGUCAGUCGGCUACGUUGCUUUCCGCAAUGACGUCGAACACGUUAUGGGCCCUGUCUUGUCGGGACACCGCGUCACGCUGACCUACAACCUGUACUUCGGCAAUAGAUAUAAUACUGCUCAGACAGGUCUGCCGAAGUCGAAAUCCAUCCGUCAACAGGAAAAAGAGUUUAAGAAGGGAAUGGAGCAGCUGUUGGCAGAUCCUUAUUCUUCCUUCCGCACGGCGGCUGCAUUGGUUUCGGCCUGCAGCACGAAUAUCCACUGAGCGCCAGCACGGUUGCCGCGAGUUUCGCUGGGCGUCUGAAGGGAAGCAACGCCGUAAUCGAACGCGUAUGUAAGCAGUUAGGCAUACCUAUUGAGCCGAAGAUCUUCACCAGAACCUGGGACAUCAACAGAAAAGAUCGCGACCGCUACCCCGAUCCGGAAAUGGAAGUCUUAACUGACCGGGUAAUGGAUUUUUCGGGCCAGCAAGAAGUCCAAGAAGACGAGAUGGUUAAGAUGUUUAUCGGAGAUGGCGCUCUUUUUCUCCCUCAUUUGCGCGCGGAUGAUCGCAGACCUUGCGCUACGAUCUACGACAAAGAAAUAGACGAUCACGUUCCGGUCCCGACCACCGACAUUCACUGGAUUACGGAAGUCACGCAGCACAACACUGUGAAGACCGAGUACGUGGCAUAUGGAAACCAAGCUGGCCUGGACCAUCUGUACGGAACCAUCUGCCUCAUUGCGUUUGUCGGUCCUCCUGGAAAUCGUUGACAGUCUUGAACGGACUCGUGACACACUCGUUCGAGUUAUUAAGUACUUCUACUCUGACAAGUUGUUUUCUUCGGUGUUCAGUCGGAUAAUUAAAUACUCUGCUCGCCUGGCUCUGGGCGUUUUUGCACUGCACAGCGGCUUACCUUCAAAUUUUUUUGUUGCAUACAGGAUUUUUCCUCGACACUCGCUCUUGUUAUGUUUUGCCUGCUCAUAUUUUCGAGAUUCUGUCUAAGAACUUGAUGGUUUGACCAAGAACUAAGCAGCCCACGCUCGAAGUCUAAUCUGGAGUCACGUUCGCGGACAGUCGCAGUCAAGUACUGGACCAUG